CUCUAUGAUUUUUAGCCGACGUACUCGAUGCAACAAGCUAAUUACAUAAACGUGUUGGGUUCUCGUUGAAGAAAGCCAGAUCAUGAAGGCUGCUUUAGUAUCUUGACAGCCUGUAACCUUGCUGCAUCUGAUUCAAUUCACCCAGAACAAAGCUGUCAUCCCGACGCUUUGUCCCCUCCUGUCUGCAGAAGAAACCGAACAUUUUCGCUGUCUACAUUAUGCAGAGAAAGAGGCUACACGCUGACGUAGUCAGAUUUGGAAAGAAGUAACAUGGAUGUUUCUCUGAUGUGCUGUUGAAAAAGUUCUCUGUGAAGGAAGCUUCAUCUGAAAAGCUGAUAUUCAUGAGAAAGCAGUACCAUACCUGCUCACUGUUGAAUUUUGUACGGGUUGGCUUGUCUUUUUUUAAUACAAAAUGGAAACCCUUUCCCAAGACUCUGUUUUGGAAUGUCAGAUUUGCUUCAAUUAUUUCAGUCUUCGGCGCAGACCAAAACUCCUAGAUUGCAAGCACACGUGCUGCUCUGUGUGUCUCACUCAGAUGAGGACCAGUCAAAAACAGAUUAGAUGCCCAUGGUGCCGAGGGGUCACCAAGCUGCGAGCAGGAUUCUCUAUCUCUCAGCUUCCAGAUGAUCCAGAUAUUAUCACCGUCAUUGCCAUCCCACAUGCCUCGGAACACACCCCGGUCUUCAUCAGGCUGCCUAGCAACGGUUGCUACACGCUGCCCCUCCCCAUAGCCAUGGAAAGAGCUCUAUUGCCCCGAGACUUGGGUUGCCACUUGUUGCCAGGCAGCCAGCAAAAGGGAGUCACUGUGGUAACAGUUCCCCAGCAGCAGCAGCAGCAGCUCUUGCAGGACGGGCCAGGCCCUGACAGUGAAGAAGAGGAGUCAGAGAGGCAGAGAGGUGUGAAAAGUUCCACCUGGUCUGGGGUUUGCACUGUGAUACUGGUAGCCUGUAUUCUUCUGUUUCUGCUUGGCAUCGUCUUGCAUAACAUGUCCUGCAUUUCAAAGCGGUUUACGGUUAUCUCCUGUGGCUGAGGCUCAGCUUGAAAGAAAGGCUCGAUGUGUGCGCAUGAUAACCUGGGUGGGGGCUGAAGUGACUGUAUUGGGACUUCACUGUAAAGAGUAGUUUACGCAACCCAUUGCUAAGGAUUCACAAGCACUGGGCUGCAGAUAUUAGCACAGGAACCCAACCUAAGAAAGUAAAACACAGAAUGUGCUUAAGAAGGCAUCUGGAUUUAACUUUCAUUCCAUUCAGGUCUUGCAGUGGUGGAGAACAUUGCAUGCAUCAUUGCAAACCUGCCAUGCCUAUAAUGAACAGUAGUGCAAAACAAUCAUCAUACUGUAAAUGUCAGAAAUACAAAAAUAAAAAAAAUGUCCUGUGUUGGAGAUGCAGUAUAAAAUAUCUAGAUGCAGUUUCCCUUGUAAUUGGUGCGGCAGUAUCUAAAUAUUUAGAAUCAGUUUCAAUUAAGGUGCUGUGCUUUAGGGAUAAAUAAAUGCUGAUUAAUGUGAAUUUUCUUCCCAUUCCUAGACAAACAAAAGUUGCUAUUGAUGUUGCUAAAGCUUACAUUGUUACAUGUACUGCAUUACAGUAUACAUUGGUAGGAUGUCAUGUAUUAAAAAGGGAUCACAAUAAUAUAUCAAUACCAGCAUUUUAGGUGCAAGCACAUAUCUUUACUUAAAAGCAAUGUAACCUUAUAACCAAUGUUCAGUUUUUGGUGCAAUAACAUUUUUACUUGGCAUUGUUUUCUCUCUGUCGGAUUAGAUUCUAGAGAAAUGUGUGUUCAUAGAAUAAAAAGAGAGUGCAAAGAAAGAUGGUUUGCUUUAAUGAUGUGAUCCUGCCUGACUGCAUGCAGAUCAUCUGUGCAUUAAUGCAUUGUCAUUAGUAGCGUCUUCAGGAAGUCGAAGCACAACCGCCUUUGAUUCAGGAAACAACAUUGUUGAACCCAUUUCCUCUAUGUUGAACAGUUUCAGAUUUGGAUGGCUUUAUUUAGGACGAGGAACUGUAUUUUAUUGUUGACUUGACUUUAGCUGAGUUUUGUGUAAAGAAACAUGUACAUUUUAGCUGUUGGAAAGAUAAAGAAUACACAAAUCACAGUAAGAUUGGUGUAGUAGUGUUUCAACCCCAACUGCCAGCUGUUUUAUGUGUUUCGUCCUUUGUGUUGUGCCAAGUUUCUCCAGCAGUUAUUCAAUAUAAUUCCUGCAUAACUUCAAAAUAAAUCUUAAAAAAAUGGAAUCAAUAUACUGAUUUUCUUAUACGUGGUCUUUUUCAUUAUAUCAGUUAGGAAGAGAUGGCCACCCACUUCCUAAUUAAUAUAUAAAAGUAACACAUGUAGUUUUAAUCACUUGGAGGCACUUGCCAAAACAUUUGUCUACUUGAAUUAGUUUGGCCUUAUACGGUAUAAAAGCAAUGAAUUGUAUGAAAAAACAACAAACAAGGUUUGUGUAACUUGAAGAAAACUUGUAAAACAGAAGAUUGUGUGUAUUAUUAAUUUCAUUUUCCUGACAUAUUUAUCAAAAAAACAAUGAGCUGUCUCAGACAAAGCUCCCAGGGUUACAGUGCAUGGUAGAAGUAAACUGUGUUUUGAAAAGCGUAAGGGAGGGUCUUAAGAAGUGAUAUUGAUGUAUAACUAUGUAUCUCAGUGGCUAGAGGUUAGUAGUAUUGUCAUUUUGCAAGAAAUGCUGUUGUAUGAUAGGAGUGGGUUCUUUUUCCCCCCAUGUAUGUAGGUUUAUAGAAAUUAAGUAGCAUCCUGAUGUAAUUUAUAAAAUGCUGGGAAGUGUUUAAAAUAAUCCCCUGAUCCACUGGUAGCAAAGCCAUUUGCACAGAUUUGAUUGCUUGUUUAUAGUGAUUCGAAGCAAUACCCGUACUUGGCUGCCUGGUUUGAAAAUAAUUCAUGAUUAUUGAUGAUCUGAAUGAUGAUUAUGCCAAAGCUAGUUGGUAUUGGAACUAUGUAGCUCUGGAAUACG